AUGUAUUUACUUGUCUUACGAAAGUCAGGCACAAUAAAGCUACUAUUAUCUUUACAAAUAUACCUACGCAAUCCUGAUAUUCAGUUUCGAAGCGUCUACAUAUAUAUACAUGCAUCCAUAAAAUUUGUUGGUAUUCUGCGUGAAAAACAUUUUAGAAAGCCACAAGCUUUAUCAAACAUCACCAAUAAAUACUCUGAAGCAUUAAAGCCGAUUAUGCCGGGAGGACAAGAUCGAAGUAACGUGCGUGUCAUGAUUGGAUUAGCUGUAAUUGUUCUAUUUGGAAUAAUUACUUUCGCCCUUGCAGCUGCCACUCUCGGCACUCUCAACAGACGAACCAGUAAUCUGGAUAAAAAAAUGGGCAGUAUUCAAGAUGAAAUGCGCACGUUGCUUGACCAAUUUUCCACAAAAGCACCAGCCCCAGCACCCCAACAACUACAGCAACUGCAACAACGGCAGCAAAUCCAGCAAUUAUGGCAGUCGCAUAACAUUGAAACUCCCUAG